AUGAGCCGCUCCGAUCCCGACUUGCACCGCGCCAUCUCGCUCCGCCCUUCGCCAUUCCAUCAAUAUCCGGAGCGCAUAUCCGAAUCGCACGACCGAGCAGAACCUGCGCAGACGACAGCCUUCGACCACAGCAAGAGCACCAACGCACACGACCCCAUAGCACGACCAGUCUAUUCGCGAAACAGCUCCGAGCAAGAACGAGAUGAUGUCGAGCAGCAAAGCCUACCCGCGUACAGCGACCUCAACGACCCGUAUUCCCUCCGAAGCGGUCUGAAGACGGUGGAGGAGAUUGAUACUAUCAAGGCCAACACCUCCCGGAAGCGGACAGCGGGAUGCGCGCCAGUGUCUCAGUCGAAAGAUGUGGUGAGGGCGCAUAAGAUCAAAGGGUUUUACGAGGCGCAGAAUGAGCGGAUUGAAAAGUUGUUGAGGCCGGUGGACGAGCACGUACGGUUGGCAAAGGAGGAGCAGGGCGCGGAUGCGUUGCAGUUCAAGAUUGCUGUCAAUGCUAGCUUUGCUGCGAACGUCAUCCUGGCCAUCUUGCAGGUGUACGGGGCCACCAGCUCUGGUUCGCUAUCGUUGUUCACGACUAUGGCUGAUGCUAUUUUUGACCCUGCGAGCAACCUCACGCUCAUCCUCUGCAACCGAGCCGUUAAGCGCGUCGACCCCCGCCGCUUUCCCAGUGGCAAAGCCCGCAUCGAAACCUCCGGCAACAUCGCCUUCUGCUUCCUCAUGACCGCCGUCUCCUUCAUCCUGAUCGUAGAAUCUAUCCGCUCUCUCGUCGAAGGCAACAACGGCGAGGAGACCGGCCGCUUCCAUCUCCCCUCCGUCAUUGCAGUGGCCAUCGCGUUCGCAACCAAACUGGCUUUGUUCCUCUACUGCUGGGCGCUGCGCCACAAGUACUCCCAGAUCCACAUCCUCUGGGAAGAUCACCGCAACGACCUCUUCAUCAAUGGUCUCGGACUGCUGACAAGCGUGCUGGGAAGUAAGCUGAAAUGGUGGAUCGACCCCAUGGGCGCCAUCAUCCUCUCCGCACUCAUCGCCUUCCUCUGGACCCGAACGGCUUACUCAGAGUUCCAGCUCCUCAUCGGUGUCUCAGCCGACACGAGCUUCCUGCAGCACAUCACCUACAUCUCCAUGACGCACUCGGAACUUAUCAAAUCCCUAGACACCGUGCGAGCCUGGCACUCCGGACCGCGCAGGAUUGUGGAGGUGGAUAUCGUGAUGGACCAGAACAUGACGCUCAAGGACACGCAUGAUGUGGCGGAGGAGCUGCAGAUGAAGCUGGAGAGUCUGCCGGAUGUGGAGCGGUGUUAUGUGCAUGUGGAUUAUGAGACGAGUCAUGCGCCGGAGCAUUUCUGGAAGAAGGAGCUUUAG